GUUGCCUUGACAACCAGUUGUUGGUUCCCCCGAACAGGUGGUGGUGGUAUGACCAUGACUGCAAAUAUGAGGAACUUUCCCCAGAAGGUUUGGUGACCUGUCAACCCCCCAGGGAACAUGGAGAAGAGAAGUCAAGGCUUCCUUUGGCCUUCUGAAAAAGUUUCAAGGGAGCCGUUUCAAUACGAAUCAACUGUCUCUAGCUCAGAUGAGAAAUUAUCCUUUUCCUGCUUUCUCACAAAUCCACAAUGUGGAUGCCUAAUGCACUCAGAUGGUCAUGGUGAAGUAUGGACAGACUGGAAUGAUAUGUCCAAGUUUUUCCAGUAUGGAUGGAGAUGUACAACCAAUGAAAAUUCUUACUCCAACCGUACCUUAAUGGGCAAUUGGAACCAGGAGAGGUAUGACCUUCAGAAGAUUGUACAACCACAACCUCUGCCUUCCCAGUUUGGUCACUAUUUUGAAACAACCUUUGCUGCCAGCUACAAAAAGAAGCUACCUCCACCCCGAAGGUUUAAACAAGAGCCUCAUUAUUUCCCUAGACAUCAAGCUGAGCUGAUUCCUCCUCCAUACAAAACUAGUGCCACAGGAAAGACUGAUUACAUGGUGAAUUAUUCAGCACCGCAAACCAAGGAAGGAUAUGUAUGGGAUCCUAAAGAUGGUCAAUCCUAAGGCUCAGGCACUAGGGAAACAAGACAAACUCCUUUUUUCUAGAGUAAAAUAUAACUGGGAAUAGUUCUCUAUUCAACACAGCUAAGAAUUUUGCUUUCUGUAAACAUAAUAACUCUUCUCUGGAUAAAAAAUAAAGUCCCUAGGAAUUGGAAGGUAA